GCUGACAAUCCAGAUGAAGCACCUUCAGAUGCUUUAGCGUCCAAGAUCGUAUCUAUGCCUGAGCUUGUGGUUGAAUAUGAAGAAACCAAUGGCCUCGAAAGUAUUGAAGAGCCUGAAAAGGUAGUGGAACUCGCAGAAGAUUCCGCACUUCAGCCUGAUGCUACGUCUGAAGAUGAAGAAGAGGGCAAAGCUGCAUACCGACCGGGCGGGUUUCAUCCCGUAUAUAUCGGUGACAUUUUCAACGACAGAUACAAGGUUCUCAAUAAGAUUGGCUACGGUCGGUAUUCGACAGUCUGGCUGGUCAAAGACUUACAAGCUACCGUCGAUGGCGAUGCAUCAAAUGUGUACCGCGCACUCAAGGUGUUGAGAGCUGAUUGCUACGGCCAUGGGACCGACACAUUUGAAAGGGAAAUCUUGAGAUGUCUUCGCGAUGGAAGUCGCGAGCAUCCAGGCUAUCCUUAUGUCUGCCACCUGAUAGAUGAUUUUGAGCAUCAAGGCCCCAACGGCACCCACGUAUGCUUCAUCUUUGAACUUAUGGGUGAAACCCUUCGCAGCUUUGGUACUUGGUUUCCCCUUGAUGGCAAGAUCCCAUACGAGAUCAUGCUCAGAUUUGCAAUUCAACUUGUCCUUGCGCUAUGGUACGCCCAUGAUCAUGACGUUAUUCAUACAGACAUCAAACCGAACAAUAUCUUUGUAAAGUUCCGUGAUUACUCAUUUAUUGAAUCUGGCUAUCUCAAAGAAAUCCCCGUCCCACAACAGGAUCGUGAAGAGACGGAAUAUCGCCCAGUCCCGUCUCAGCCGCUUCGCUGGUUCUACUUUGACUAUAAAGCCAAGUAUUCAGCUGACUUUGAUAUUACUUUGGGAGAUUGGGGAGUCUCUAGCUGGACUACGAAGCACCUUACUGAGGUCAUCCAACCAGUACUUCUUCGCGCUCCCGAGGUCAUUAUUGGAGCUCCUUGGGACGCCUCCACAGAUUGGUGGAACUUUGGUGCCGUGCUGCUUGAGGUUUUUCGCGCUGUUCGAAUGUUUGAUGGCGGAGUUCCCCCGGACGGACAUUACGAGACCAGAGAGCACCUGAUUGAGAUCAUUGACUUCUUCGGGCCGUUCCCCAAGAAGCUACUUGAGAAGGGGAACCAGGAUCUAGUACGUGAUCUGUUUGACGACGAGGGGCGUAUCAAAGACGCAGAACCCUUGGAGGGUCCUGGCUUAAUGUCUGAAACUAUCACAACUGGUAUGGGCCAGAGCCUAAGAGAGGCUUUCGUUUCAUUUAUGAACUUAUUAAUGAAGAUCGAUCCCGAGGAGCGUCCAUCAGCACUAGAUCUUUUGAGGCAUCCUUUCCUGGGUGCAGUACAGUAGUGGAUUAGAACGAAAUAGAACUGACUUUUGGUAUACCUUUUUAGCAGCUAUAGAACAUCUUGC